UCCGGUAUCGGGCUGCGUGAGAAGGAAGUCAUAUAUGAUGAAAACGGGUCAGGGAGGAUGUCAUGCCGUAACCAGAUACAAAGUUGUAGGCAGUGAACAUGUUUCUCUUGUGGAUGUGCAUAGUUAGUGCCACCUUCCUGUUUUCCACAGCCACUUCACACUUCAUAACCAGAGUCUAUCAGGCAAAUGGAAACCAUCGACUUACUCGAAUUUCUGUGGAUGGCAACAACUUAUUUAUCGGAGGUAAAAACAUUCUCCUGAAUCUAUCAGAAGACCUCGAAGAGCUCCAGCCACCGUACCGAAUGUUUGGGCCAGUCACAGAGGGUUAUGGUGAAAAGUGCAAAGGUCCGCUACACCGAGGCCAAGAUUGCAACAACCGAACUGUUGAGAACACUGUCACGAUUCUGGUGGUCAAUAUCACAGGUCAUAUACUGGUUUGUGGUUCAGGAUUACAGGGGCUGUGCUCUGUGCAUUCAAAGUCUAAUGUUUCUGAUUGGUCAUACCUCCCUUACGAUACCGACCAUGGUUUCUCCUCGGACAGCCUACUAGGUUCACACGGAGGAAACAAUGUCGUUAUAUUCCAAGACCAGCAAAAUGCAAAUAUCUACUAUAUGGCGAGGGGUUACGAACCGAAGCCAUCUCGAUUUCAUUCUCACAUUUUUUCGGUGAUGGAGUUGAGAUCAAAUUUGAAAGGGUAUUUUAUGCGCCAUAGUAGCCAAUGGGCUGGAGAAGGACAGAUGUUUAUGAACAUGAAGAGUACAUACAAGGGAAACUUUAGCAUGGAAAUGAUAUUUGGUUUCGAGACAGAAGACUACAUUUUCUUCAUAUUUAACCGCAAUCCAGGACCAAAUACCGACACCCUAGAGUCUAAAAUUGCAAGGAUUAAGAGAAAUUGUCCGGCAAAGUAUUUUCAAACUUACAUCGAACUUCCAAUUGCAUGUAAUUAUGAAAACGAAAUCAUAGAGAAACAACCAGCUCUGUCCGGUCAUCUGCAUGACAAUCCUGAAGGAAGCAAAAUACUUUUCAUUGCGUUCUAUAACCCAAUCACCCAAGGUUCCAGUGUAUGCGCCUAUCCUGUAACAAGUCUUAUUGAAGACAAUUUUCAUUUCGCAGUAACGGAUUGUGCCCAAGGAUUGGAUGACGAUGUCCACAUACCGAAUUGGGUGUCUCACACAAACGAUCGAUGUAGUGCGUACCCUCGCAAGACGCCAUGGCCAACAUGUGGUUCAUACCAAUACAGAGGUCUAGCUACAAGUCUGUUUCCGUUUAAAAGAAACAGGUUUAUCUUACUUGAGAAGCAGAGGAUUGAGGCAAUGCACGUGUCUCAUGUUUCUCCAAAUCAGGAACCUGUAGUCCUGCUAGGCACCAGUGACGGGAUUCCUACACAAGGUACAAGUUAGCAGAAAUUACGACUCUAUUUCACAAAGCAGACGGUAUGCGACCUUUGAUCUCAGUGGCAACAGAUCAGUGCCUAUUGAGAAGUCACAUGCGAUUGACAGCAGUAAAGAGUACCUUUAUCUCCUUGUGGAUAAUAAGGUUAUGAAGGUUUCUUUGUUUUCCUGUGGGAUACAUACGGAUUGCGACUCCUGCGUGAAGUCUUUGGACCCGCUGGGCUGUGGAUGGUGUGGAGAUCACUGUGCCUCACAAAAUGACUGCACCAAGUACCCGUGGUUCAGCAAAUCAUGUCCACCUGAAAUCUAUCAAAUUUCUCCAUGGAAUGGGACUACUGAUGGUCAAACGCUGGUGACAAUACAAGGACGUUACUUUAAUUCUGAAGGAGGAAAGUUGCAUGUACUUGUUGGUGAAAGUGAAUGCCUGGAACCUUCCCACAAUACGUCGAGUAUCACGUGCAAGACCACGGAGGCUAACAUAACUGAUAAUGUGUCGGUUGUUGUUCGGAUAUCAAACAACACAUACUCUGCGCAGUCCGUCACGAACGACGUCAUGUUUAAUUAUCUGAAACCUUCAUUUGAUGACUUUUAUCCAACACAUGGACCACGAUCUGGAUUUACGUCCCUAACAAUCAUUGGCGAGAAUCUGAACAUAGGAUCGUCUUUAUCAAUUGAUGUGUCUGACUCGCAAUCUGUUUGUAAAUUGGAAAGUAAGGGGAAUGACUACAUCGUAUGCCAAUUGACCCGAUGGACAUCUACAAAUUCCGGCACCGGGACCAACCAAUCCAUGCCAGCCUCUUGUCUUGGCCACGGUCCAGUGGUGGUGUUUAUUGACGGAACUGUUUUGUCGUCCGAUGCAGGGUUCUGUUACAUGAAUGAUCCGGUGAUCACCAACAUAUCACCGGUGUCUACCACUAUAAGGGGUGGAAGAACCUUGUCCGUCACCGGUCACCAUUUUGAUGCCAUAUCUAUGUCGCGUUUAAGGGUUGUCGUAAGGCACAACCAAUUACAGAGCGAGAUAGACUCAAACGAAUGUAUAGUGGUUCACCCUGGGUUAUUAGAAUGUACUUAUCCAAGUCUUACGGAGAUUCUGGACAGUGCCCCCUUUGGUGUUACCGGAAGCCUGACACUCGAACUGGAUGGAGGGAUUCCCCUUGAAAACGCUGACAGACGAAUCAUGGUCUACAACGAUCCGGUUCUCUUCCGCGUCUCACAAAAUGUAUCUUUGAACAGUGAAGAAAGAAAAAUGGUUUUACAUGGUCUCUAUCUGAACCUCGCAUUUCAAGCCGAUGAUUACAAUGUGACUGUCCAAGGCAUAGGUUGUCCGGUUACAACGUUAACGAAGGACAGUCUGGAAUGCGACAUGUCGCCUGUCCUUAAAUAUACUUACCGGAAUCAAGUUUACCAAGUAAAGGUACAGGUUGGCUCGUUUCUGCUGGAACUUGGAGAUCUGAACAUCACACGGUACACGAAACUAGCCUAUGUCAGUAAAGGGCUUUAUCAGAACUGGCUGUGGGCAGGAAUUGCUUUGAUAUCCGCCUUUAUCUUUAUCAUUCUCUGUUUAAUUGUAAAAAGUAAAAGAAGUAAAUGCCGAAGAAAGAGGAGGGACUAUAUCACCAAUCAUGAUAUAGAAGGGACAAUGACCUUUCAAAACCUGAUGCGGAUAGAGACGGAUGAACCAAGCUCAGUUCCAAACAACUACAUCCAUAUUGGCCAGGAGGACGGAGCCAUUGGAGGGGAACCAGCUAACCUUAUGGUGGAUUUAGGCACAAUAGAUAUGCUACAGAAACAACACCUUCUUGUCAGUAGAGACAAUCUACUUCUGGGAGAGAGUUUGGGUCAUGGCCAGUUUGGAUGUGUCUACAAAGGUUAUCUAUCUAAGCCUGGAGCUAAGGGAGAGGAACUCGUUGCUGUAAAGACAAUAUUAAAUACCUCUUCAAAAGACGUGGAUAUCGGAGAAUUCAUGAACGAGGCGUUGAUUAUGAAGGACUUUAAUCACCCAAAUGUGUUGUCGUUGAUUGGCGUUUGCAUAGACAAGGGGGAGUUCCCACUAGUGAUACUGCCUUUUAUGGAGAACGGAGACUUACUGGCCUAUAUCAGAGAUGAGCAAAAUAUGCCUCUUGUAAAAGACCUGGUGUUUUUUGGACUAGACAUUGCCAAAGGAAUGGAGUACCUGGCAUCUAUCAAAUUUGUUCACCGGGACUUGGCCGCAAGGAACUGUAUGUUGGAUGAUAAAUUCAUUGCGAGGGUUGCUGACUUUGGGUUGUCCAGAGAUAUCUACUCAAAUCACUACUACAGUAGUGACAACAAGAAAAAACUGCCCGUCAAAUGGAUGGCUCCUGAAAGUCUCGAGAAGGGCAAAUACUCUUCCAAGUCAGACGUGUGGUCGUUCGGCGUGGUUCUGUGGGAGCUGAUCACACGAGGAAAUAGUCCCUACGCGGUAGUAGAUAACUGGGACAUGUACAAGUACCUUAAAGAGGGACGCCGUCUGCCUAAACCUCCCUACUGCCCUCCCAGACUAUUCCAGAUGAUGCAGUGUUGUUGGGAGUUCACACCGUCUCGGCGUCCGACAUUCCGUGACCUCAUCAAGGAAAUCAAACGGCUGCUGAAAGAAAGUGAGAAAGAGGAAAACAGCAUAUGUGACGUUACUGUUGACCUCGAAAGUGCUACCACCACUUCAUGACAUUUGUAGCUUGCGGUCUUUAGACAUGUUCAAAUUUGUCAUAGUGGAGACAAGCUAAGCAUCACUGUUUGUAAUGAUGCUGAAGUCAAUGAAUACGUUGUUCCUCACUGAACAUUAUAAAUCUAGUCAGAAAUGGAUACAGUAUCGAAAAGUAUAUCAUAUUCUAUCAUGUUGAAACACAAAAAGAGCGGCAAAAAAUGGAAGAUAUAACUUAUCUUAGGCGCUAUAUAUUUUCCAUUCGUCAGAAAGCGCUGAGUUCUCUCCUUGAUAUUUUUUUUUUCAUGUCCUCCUAAUAUCAUGUUCUAUUUUCUAGGCCUCUGCAACACGACACAAUACUUUACCAGAGAUUGUAAAACAGUACACGAUAAUCACAUUCGUACAUCAUUAAGAUGCAAAUAAAUGUAAAUUCACGUGAAAAAAAAUCAUCAUAGUCGGAUACUCAUGGUCGAUUGCACUGCGCUAAGCUACACUUAUAGUGUCAUCAAUCGUGGGUAUCCGACGAUGAAGAAACACUCUACUGUUACGUACAUACCUUAAACAAUCGUUGUACGCCGUUUCAUCGUUUCACGGACCUCAAGCAAGGUAGAAUGCAAUAUAUUUCCACCCUUCUAUCGAUGCAAAAGCCAGAAAAAUAUCACCUUGUAGUCUUGUUAAGGGCCAAACUAUAUCAUACCGAAUUCACCAAUUACAUGCCAUCUCCAAAAAUAUCUAUAAAACUCUCUAAAAAGCUA